CGUCCGAGUCGAGUGGGGAUUUAAUCGGCCUCUGGGGCCAAACACGCUUUAGUUUUGUUUACGCGCUAGUGGCGUGCACUUGCCACUUCCCUUCCUUUCCCCAUUCUUUCUCGUUCUGUUUUGGUCUCUUGCUAAUUUAGUUAUUGCAUAAAAAUAGAAAAGUUUUCCCCACGCUGCUUAAUGACACGCGUGUGUCGCAUCUAGUUGAGAGAUUGUGUCAAACAUAACGCACGAAAUCCCCCAAUACACAAUGACAUCCACAGUGGCUGAGGCGGGUGUGGCGGGUGGAGCAGGCGUUGAUGGAAAACAAAUUGAGCAACAUGAACAGGAACCGAUGGAUGUGCGCAUCGAUAUGCCGUGGGGUUAUGUGGUAGGCCGCUGGUACGGCAAUCGACAGGUACGUCCCAUACUGGCCCUCCACGGCUGGCUGGACAAUUUAGGGACGUGGAACGAGCUGCUGCCGCUGCUGCCCACACACCUGGGCGUGCUCUGCAUUGACCUGCCCGGCCACGGCUACUCCUCGAAGCUGCCCGAGGGGAUUGCCUACCACUUUGUGGACUACCUGUGCGUGAUCCUGCGCAUCAUGGAGGAGUACGGCUGGCAGAAGGUGUCGCUAAUGGCCCACUCCAUGAGCGCCAUGCUGUGCUUCGUGUUUGCCUCGCUCUAUCCACACCGCAUGGACCUGCUCAUCAGCGUGGAUAUCGUGAAGACGCGCUACCGCAAGCCGGCCUCGCAGAUUGAUUACCUGCGCACCAACAUCGAGGGCUACAUGCUGGAGGACGAGCGCUUCGCCAAUGCCAAGCGACAGGAGCCACCCUCCUACACCUACGCGGAGCUGGAGCAGGUGCUGCACAAGGGCUCCGAGAGGUCGGUGCUGCUCGAGAACUGCCACCACAUACUCGAGCGGAAUGUGGCCAAGUCCACCAAGUACCCGGACAAGUAUUUCUUCAGCCGCGACGGACGCUGCAAAUACUACAACGAAUUCCACACGAGUCCCCCCUUUGCCGCAGAGCUGGCGCGCACCAUCCGCAAUGUGCCGUACUGCGUGAUCAAGGGCUCCGAGUCGAACUUCAUCGAUGAGCAGAGCGACGAGGUCAUUGCCAUUCUGCGCGCGAACAAUCCACACUUUGAGCUGCACGAAGUGCAGGGCACCCAUCAUGUGCACCUCAACAAUGCCGCCGGUGUGGCGGCCAUCAUCAAUCCGUUCAUCAUGCGGCACCGGCCGCCGCAGCUGGAAACGUGGACGGUGGACAGCGACCAGAGCGAGGAGCUGCCUGACACCAUCAAGGAGUUUAAGCUGGCAGUGGAGGACUCAGAGAAUGUCAAGCGGAGAAAGAGAAAAAGUAACCUAUAGCUGCUGUCGGCAUCUCUGAUUUGCAGCGCGAAAAGAGUAUUUUGUGAGAUUUCUACAUGCAUACAUACAUUACAUAUGUACA